UAAUUAAUCAAUUCAGAGUUAUUAAUUCUGACGACAGACUAUUGUCGAUUUGUUUUCCUGUGGUUUACAUAUUUUUAGAAUUAGAUUAACACAUUAUAAAAAAUAGAAAUUGUUUCGUGAGAGAUCAGAAUCGAAUUACAACAAAACAAUUAGUUGAAAUGUUUAACGUAUACAAUUACAUUAUUUUGUUUGGAAUUAUUUCAUUACUGCAUGCUGCCUACUCUGCCGCACAACACCGAUCAUACUUACGAAUCACAGAGCAAGAGUUUGAUGGUCUACCUAUUGAUAUAUUUGCUCAAGGUGUAAUUAGCCUCUUUGUAUCCAUGUAUGGAAUUCUAUAUUUGGCUGGUGAAUUCAAAGAAGUAAGAGCGAUCGAAGAGCUAGAGUCCAAAACAUGGGAAACCUUACAUAAUGCACCGUCAUUUUAUAUCUUCAAUCAUAGAGGGAAAGCACUGUAUUCAAAUGAAUUGUAAUUAAAUGGGGUUUAAUAGAGCAUUGCUGCACUUGCAAAUGUAAACUUUGCAAGUAUAAGGUUAUGGAAUAAAAAUUAUUGUACGAGAAGAUUUCAACAAAUGUUUAGCAUAUUUUGAUACUCAUAAUAUAGCCAAUAUUAUGCAAUGUAUAUAAAUUAAGUUUUAUUACUAUAGUCGUUCUAUGCAAUGCUGUGUAUACAUUUGUACAAUCCAUAUGCUGUAUAAUAUAUUAAUUAUAUACCUAUGUAUUUUAACAGAUAGUUUAUUAGUUGUCAUGCAUCAAUGUUUUUUUUUUUAACUUUUAAAAUAAAACUUCAAAGUUAAGUUGAGUUUUACAUUAGCCUCUAAAAAUGUAAAUCAUGAACUUUUUUUUUUUUGUAGACAUUUUUUAAAUUAAUAAAAAUACCAAUCAAAAUAAAAACAAGUAAAACAAUUGCUGGAUUAUUGUAUUUUGUACUCGCUAUACAGUAUACAUAAUUAGGGUUUAAGUGUCAUUUUAAAAAUCUGAAGAGUGUUUUUUUUGUACAUAGAUAUGUAAAUAUGUUAUACAAUAUAAAUAUAUCAGGAAGGACUUAAAAUUAUUAAAUUUGUAAGACACUUUAACAGAUAGGUAUCAAUUAAUAAAUGUUCACAAAAAAAAAAAAAAAUACUACAGUUGAGGAGGUAGUGGA